AUGACACGUGAUGACCUCUUUAACAUCAAUGUCGGUAUUGUGUCAAAUCUCUGCAAAUUUGUUGCCAAGUAUUGCCCUAAUGCUAUUGUCAACAUGGUUUGCAAACCUGUGAACUCAACAAUGCCUAUUGCCUCUAAGGUAUUCAAGAAAGCUGGAACUUAUGAUCCCAAGAAGUUGUUUGGUGUGACAACUCUGGAUGCGGUCAGGGCUAAUACUUUAUAUGCUACAAAGGCUGGCCUUCCAGUUGCAGAGGUCAAUGUCCCCGUUGUUGUUGGAGCACAUACUGACAUAACCAUUCUCCCAUGUAGUUGA